AUGCCUUCUGAACCUAUUGAAGCUGAGUUCGCCCGGCCCCCGGUUCUCUCCAAGGAACAAGAGGAAGAGUUCCGGACGCUGGAGCAAGAGAAUAUACCCGCACACGCCUCAGGAGUGUCCACGCCUGGAUCUGUAACAUAUGACGGCAACCACGUCCAAUUCACGACUAUCGACGAACUUGAAAAAUUGCACACGAAGGAGGGAUACAAGCUUGUAACGUUUGAGAAAGGAAAAGGUGAAGAUCCGAGGGAUUGGGGGAAGGGCAAAAAAUGGUAUGUGACCGCCACAACCGCGCUGCUAUGUCUCGCUGUCGCUCUUGGAAGUUCCAUCAUUACUGGAGAUAUGACUGGACCAACGAAGGAAAUGGGAAUCUCCCAAGAAAUUACUAACCUCACCGUUACAUGCUUUGUUAUGGGCUUUGGGAUUGGACCGUUGUUCAUGUCUCCGCUAUCUGAAGUUGUCGGCCGUCGCCCAAUUUACUGCAUCAGCAUGUUCUUGUACUUUAUUUUCACCCUCCCCAGUGCACUCGCCCACAACGCCGCCACGCUCGUCGUAGCCAGAAUGAUCGCCGGUAUCGCCGCGAGCGCACCUAUGUGUAACAUCGGUGGAAGUCUUGCUGAUGUAUGGGCAAUCGAAGAUCGCGGUAUCCCCAUGGCUGUUUUCUCCACGACGCUUUUCAUUGGACCAUGCCUGGGUCCUAUGGUCGGAGGAUGGAUUGGAAUGUACGCUGGUUGGAGGUGGAUCUAUUGGGUUCUAUUCAUCCUUCUCGGCGUCUCUUUCGCUCUUACCCUAUUCAUCCCUGAAACUCUCGCUCCUGUUCUCCUUCGUCGUAAAGCCGAAGCGUUGAGGAAAUCCACGGGUGAUGAGAGGCACCGCACUCUGGAGGAAAUUGAGAGGCUCCCUUUCAGAGAGACGCUCAAGAUCGCUCUUAUUAGACCUUUCCAGAUGCUCACUCAGGAACCUAUUGUUAUCAUUAUGAGUUUUUACCUCUCUUUCGUAUACAGCCUUCUCUACCUGUUAUUCUUUGCGUUCCCUAUCGCUUUGGAGGAGAUUCGAGGGUUCAACCCUGGCAUAACUGGCACAUCCUUCGUUAGCAUCAUGUUGGGUAUUGUCUCCGCGAGCAUGUUCCUGCCGCUGCAAGAGCGCGCGUACGCAAAAGUCACCAAGUUCGGCACUUUCCCCGAGGCUCGCCUGUACCCAAUGAUGUUUGGCAGCAACAUCCUUCCUGUCGCCCUCAUCAUCUUUGCCUUCACCGGCGCUUACGCAUGGGUCCACUGGAUUGCCGUCUGCAUCGCAGGCUACCUCUUCGGCUUCGCCAUGAUCCUCAUCUACGUCUCCGCCAACUCGUACAUCAUCGACUCCUACAGCGACUACGCCGCGAGCGCCAUGGCCGCCAAGACGUUCCUGCGCUCCGAGUGCGGCGCGAUGAUCCCGCUGUUCGUCACGCAGAUGUUCCACGGCAUGGGGUUCCAGUGGGCAGGCCUCCUGCUUGCGCUCGUUGCGCUGGCUAUCGCGCCCGUGCCGUUUGUGUUUUAUAAGUACGGGCAUAAAGUUAGAGCGCACAGUGCGCGCGCGACGCAGACGACGAGGUCGAUGGGCCCCGAGGCUGUAUCUGAGAAGGCCUAG